AUGGCCUCCGCUUCAGCUACUGGCAAGCUUUCUAGAGAGGAGUUCAGGCGGCAGAAAGAUCUCGACGCAGCACGGAAAGCUGGUACUGCUCCGGCAGCUCUUGAUGAAGAGGGAAAGCCCAUCAACCCCCAUAUUCCCCAAUACAUCGCCCAAGCACCGUGGUAUCUCGACACUGGCGCACCCUCACUCAGCCACCAACGUAUCCCUGAAUACGACCGCUCCGCGGACAAGCUCGACAACUGGUACGACCGCGGUGCGAAGGCGGGGCCUGCUGCGAAGAAGUACCGUAAAGGCGCGUGCGAGAACUGUGGGGCGGUGACACACAAGAAAGCGGACUGCCUCGAGCGGCCACGCAAGAAGGGCGCGAAAUUCACGAACCGCGACAUCGCGCCGGACGAGGUGAUCCAGGACGUCGCGAGCGGGUACGACGCGAAACGCGACCGCUGGAACGGGUACGACCCGGGCCAGCACCGGCAUGUGUACGACGAGUACGAGGCAGUUGAGGCGGAGCGGCAGCGACUGCGCGAGGAGGAGAUCGACAAGCGCACGACGACGGACCUCGCGGCCGUGCGGGCGAUCGCGAAGGCAGGAAAGGAGAAGAGCGAGGGGCGGGACGACGACUUUGGGAGCAGUGAGGACGAGGAUGAGGACACGGACAAGUAUGCGGAUGCGGCGGACGCGGUGGGCCAGAAGCUGGACACGAAGACGCGCAUUACAGUGCGGAACCUGCGUAUCCGUGAGGACACGGCGAAGUACCUCAUCAACUUGGACCCGUCGAGUGCAUACUACGAUCCAAAGACUCGCUCUAUGCGUGAUAACCCGCUCAAGAACGUCCCAGUGGAGGAGGCGAGAUUCACGGGCGACAACUUCCUGCGCUACUCUGGAGAGGCCCCGGAAGUGCAGAAACUACAGCUCUUCGCGUGGAACGCCGCACAACGAGGAAAUGACGUCCAUAUCAAUGCUCUCCCCACACAAGGGCAGCUCCUGCACAAAGAGUAUAACAAAAAGAAGGACGAGCUCAAGGACACGACGAAAGUCAGCAUCCUCGCCAAGUACGGUGGUGAGGAGUACCUGGAGAAGGCGCCGAAGGAGCUGCUCCAUGGACAAACCGAGGAGUACGUUGAGUACUCGAGGACGGGUCAGGUCAUCAAGGGCAAGGAGCGGGCCAAGGUUAAGUCCAAGUACGCCGAAGAUGUCUACGUAAACAACCACACCGAGGUCUGGGGCUCGUGGUACGACAUGGUGACAGGCUCAUGGGGCUACGCAUGCUGCCGCUCGUCCAUUCACAUGUCCUACUGUACCGGCGAAGCCGGUAUCAAGGCCUCGGAGGAGUCCAGCGCGAAGCACCUUCUGCAGGCGGCCGCUACUUCGUCUAUGCCGCCACCUCCUCCACCACCCGUCGCGGAUAGCGUAGACGACCGCAAGAAGAAGGCGGAGGAGCUCUUCUCGAAGAAACGUCUCGGCGAGGGCGACCUCGCUCUCGACAAGAGCAAGCUUGCCCAGGCGAUUACCGACGAGCGGAAACGGAAAGCGAAGGGUGGGGAGGACGACGAUCGAUUCGGGAAGAAGCAGAAGAGCUAUGAGGUCUCGGAGGAAGAGCUCGAGGCUUACCGAAUGAACCGCCGAAUGACGGAGGACCCGAUGGCGAAUUAUGUGGACACGGAGCUUUGAGAUGGACAUUUGUACUACUACGCAUGCUGCUGUACCCUACCCCACUUGUUUUUCUGUUAUUCCGACGCUUGUCGUCGCUGUGCCUGUGGUCC